UGCCUUUUUCCUUCCUUUUUUGAAUUCUGGUUUAUUGGGUUUCAUAAAGAAGGAUCACAGGAGGAAGAUAGGAUACAAAUAAAUAGACCGAGUGUUCUCUUGUCAUCUGUGCAUCACAAAAACCGCACAAUAAGUUUAUGGGAACGUCUACAAUACCUGGAUCAUUAUUAGCGUACGAGUUCUUCGUUCAUGAUUGGUUUAAUCGAAACCAGAAAAGGGGGAAACAGGAGAGAGCAGAGUUCACAGGUCACAGUCCACAUUUCCCGGCCGAACGCCUAGCCAGGAGCCCUUGGAGUUAGUUCUGCUUAGGUCAAGUGUGAGGCAGAGUCAUUUUUUCCCUCUUGCGUUACCAAUAAAACAAUGUAAGGUGCAGAUCAACCACACUGAGCCAAAUGGUGUUUCUGAGGCAGACAUCCUGGAUUUAGAAGGUCGUGACUCAAAAUUCGGCUGGCCUGCGUGUCUUUGGUAUGGGAAGGCAAAAAUUUAUAAAAGUUUUAUUAACUAUAUCCUUAGGAAGAAUUGGUAUAGAGUUAGGGAGAAAUAUAAAAAUCUGCUGGAAAGGAAAACACCUUUAUGGCUCUCUCCUAUUGAGGCUAUUACAAUAAAGGGAGUUAAUAUGGACAGACAAUGGCAACUUAGAGGGAAUUGCUGUAUUUUACAGAGGGGGAACCUAAACUGAAAUCAAUGGAAAGUGUAGGGAGCCAUGUGACAGAUUGGCUACAAUAUCAUCAGUUACAUGAAAUGUUUAGAACAGACAGGGAAAAAUGUUUUUUGGACCAAAGCUCACACUUUGAAAAAGAACUUUUACAAAAUGAAGAAGAACUCUUAUCUAAAAUGUACAAUCUGUUAUUAGACGGGGAAACAAAAGACGAGCUUGUUAAAGCUUCCAUGACACACUGGGCAAUAGAUAUAGGACAUAAUAUAGAUUUGAAUCUCUGGGGGAAACUAUGGAAGAGUGAUUUGAAGUUCACAGCAUGUUAUUCCUUGAAAGAAAACUACCUGAAAAUGAUUCACAGAUGGAAUCUAACUCUGCGUAGACUUGCUAAGAUGUACAAGACUGAAUCAGCUAAGUGAUGGAGAUCUAAUGAGGCUGAGGAAUUUGCUAGCAGCUCUCCUUAGGACAGACAGAACUUGGCAGAAGACCAAAGGAUUCCUUCCAAUCUCUUGGGGGAUUCCUGAAAGCACAGAUGGAUGAGCAAGACUCACCCGGCCCUGAAGCAGGAAGAGGCCAUAUCAUCCAAACUGGGAGCAGUGGGGGAUGCUGGGAAAACACUGUGCAGAAGAUCCUGGGAGAGGAGGACACUCUCUGUUCAGAUGUGCAGAGCCAGCAGUUCAGGCAGUUGUGCCACCAGGAGACUGAUGGACCCCGAGAGGUUUGUGGUCGAUUCUCCCACUUUGACCAUCAGUGGCUGAAGCCAGAAAGGCUUACGAAAGCUGAGAUGCUGGACCUGGUGAUCUUGGAGCAGUUCCUGGCUGUCCUUCCACCGGAGAUAGAGAUCUGGGUGAGGGAAUGUGGAGCGGAGACCAGUUCCCAGGCGGUGGCCCUGGCCGAAGGUUUCCUCCUGAGUCAGGCAGAGGAGAGGAAGCAGGCAGAGCAGCAGGGAAAGGAUCCGUUUGCAGAAAUGGCCUUAGAUUCUUCUGAGGUAGAGUGGACUCUGUUGGACACCAGAGAGAGGCCUCUGGGUGACACAAGGAUGCUGGCAAGACUUCCUCAUCCUGGCGGAGGGGAAGCAGCAGCUCUGGAACCAGACCAGGGCCUAGUAUGCUUUGAAGAUAUAGCUGUUUAUUUCACAGACGAGGAGUGGGCCUUGCUGGAUCCUGACCAGAGAGCUCUGCAUAAUGAAGUCAUGGAGGAGAAUCGUGGGAUCCUGGACUCUCUCAGUGGUGAUGAAUUGCUAAUUAAAAACGAGGAAGAGCAUGACGAAAUCCAAAUAGUGGAAAAUCCAUAUAUAUAUUCAGAUUGCUGGGAGAGCCUCUUUCAGAGCUCCCACUCCACUUCCCUUCAAAACAUUCCCAUUGGGAAUAAGCCAUAUCAGUGCUUGGAAUGUGGAAAAAGUUUUGGGCAGCGUGCGCAUCUCAAGGGCCACCAGAUUAUUCAUACUGGGGAGAAACCAUAUCAGUGCUUGGAAUGCGGAAAGCGUUUCAGUCGGAGCACCCAUCUCACUUCCCACCAAAGAUUUCAUACAGGAGAGAAACCGUUUCAGUGCUUGCAAUGUGGGAAAAGGUUCAGUCAGAGUGCCAAUCUAACUUCCCACCUAAGAUUUCAUACCGGGGAGAAACCCUUUCAGUGCAUGGAAUGUGGAAAGAAGUUCAGUCGGACAGCCAAUCUCAUUUCCCAUCAAAGAAUCCAUACAGGGGAGAAACCCUAUGAGUGCUUGGAAUGUGGGAAGAGCUUCAAUGCGAGUUCCAGUCUCACGGUCCAUCAAAGAAUCCAUACAGGGGAGAAACCAUAUCAGUGCUUGGAAUGUGGAAAGUGCUUCAGUCACAGGCCUGGUCUCACGGUCCAUCAAAGUAUUCAUACUGGGGAGAAACCUUAUCUCUGCUCAGAAUGUGGAAAGAGCUUCAGUAAGAGAGCCCAUCUCACAUCCCAUGAAAGAAUUCAUACUGGGGAGAAACCGUAUCUCUGCUCAGAAUGUGGGAAAAGUUUCAGUCAGAGUUCCCAUCUCAAGGGCCAUCAAAGAAUUCAUACAGGGGAGAAACUCUAUCAGUGCUUGGAUUGUGGGAAGAGCUUCAGUCAUAGUGCCAAACUCUCUUCCCACAAAAUAUUUCAUAUUGGGGAGAAACCAUUUCAGUGUUUGGAAUAUGGAAAGAGCUUCAUUGCGGGUUCUAAUCUUAAGGGAGACCACAACCAAAUCCACGCAGUGAAGAAGCCAUAUCAAUAUUUGGAGAGUUCAGAGAUGUUCGAUCAGAAGGAAAGUCUCUCUUCAAAUCAAAGAAUUCACAGCAGGGAGAAACCCUAUCAGUGCUUGGAAUGUGGAAAGAGCUUCACCCAAAAAUUAAGCCUCAUUUCCCAUCAAAUUAUUCACACAGGGGAGGUACCAUAUCAGUGUCUGGAAUGUGGAAAGAGCUUUAAUACAAUCACAAACUUCCGUCGACAUAAAUAUAUUCACAGUGAGGUAAAACCGUUUCAGUGUUUGGAAUGUGGAAAGGGCUUCGGUCGGAAAGAAAGUCUCACUUCCCAUCAAAGAAUUCACACAGGGGAGAAACCCUAUCAGUGCUUGAAAUGUGGGAAAAGAUUCAGUCAGAGUGCCCAUCUCACUUCCCAUGAAAGAACUCAUACAGGGGAGAAACCCUAUCAGUGCUUGAAAUGCGGAAAGAGGUUCAGUCAGAGAACCCAUCUCAUUUCCCAUCAAAGAACUCACAUCGGGUAAAAUCAAAGGAUUGUAGAGUUGGAAGGGACCCAGUGCCAUCUGGUCCAAUUCACCUCUUACCGUCAGAACGUUUUCCCUCAUUUUGAGUUGGAAUCUGCUUUCUUGUAACCUGAAUCCAUUGGUUCAUGUCCUACCCUCCAGAGCAGGAGAAAACAAGUUUGCUCCAUCUUCUAUGUGAUAGAUUUUUAGAUAUUUGAGGAUGCCUGUCAUCUCUUCUCUUUUUCAGUACAUACCCAAAUACCUUUACUGUUCCUCAUCAGGCUUGGUUUCCAGACCCUUGAUCAUCUUGGUCGCCCUCCUCAGAACACAUUCCAACUUGUCAAUCUCCUUCUUUAAUUGUGGUGCCCAGAACUGAACAAAGGAUUCCAGUUGUGGUCUGAGGAAGGCAGAAUAGAUUGGUCCUAUUACUUCCCUUGAUCGGGACACUAGACUUCUGUUGAUGCAGCCUGGAAUAGCAUUAAGUGAAUUUGCUGCUGGAUCACUUUGUUGUCUCAUGUUCAGCUUGUGGCAAGCCAGGAUAGCCCACCUUAUAUUUGUGCAACUGGUUCUUCUUGCCUAGCUGCAGAACCUGAUAUUUGUCCUAUUUAAAAUCCAUUUAUUCAGCUUCAUGGCCAAAUUGGGAUUUGAACCCAAGUCUCCCAGGGUUCCUGAAACCAUUAUCACUAUACCUAAUCACUUGCUCUCUAGUAACACUCUUGGAAAACGUGCAUGCUUGUGCAUCUCCUUAAUGUUUGUGUGCAGUGUUCUGGUGUUUUGUAUUUAAAGUUGUAUACACCUGUAUCAAAGUAAUUAAUGUAAUAGUGGCAAGUAAGUAGAAUGGUGGUUUUAAGGAAAUUUUAGCCAGGGAGUGGGAGGGAGGGUUAGGAAUGCUAAAGUCAGAGAUUAUUGGCUCCAAGUUUGAAAGCACCAAACUGAGCAGUUUUCACAUAAAUCACAACAAGAUCUAAGAUAAAGAUUCAGUUUGGAAACUUCAGCUGGUGCAGAAUUCAGCAGCCACGUUGCUCACCAGAGCAAGACAGUUUGAGCCUAUUACACCGAUCCUGGUCCGACUGCACUGGCUACCAAUUAGUUUCCGGGCCCAAUUCAAAGUGUUAGUUUUGACCUAUAAAGCCUUAAAUGGCUCAGGACCGUAAUACCUCAAGGACUGUCUUUUUCCAUAUGAACCCACCCGGACCCUGAGAUCAUCUUCUGAGUCCCUCCUUCGUGUGCCUCCUCCUUGAGAGGUCCGGAGGGUGGCAACACAAGAAUGGGGCCUUCUCUGCAGUGGCUCCCUGUCUGUGGAAUGCUCUCCUCAGGGAAGUUCGCCUGGCACCUUCAUUAUACACCUUUAGGUGCCAGGCAAAAGCGGUCAUUUUUAACCAAGGCCUUUGGUUAACAUCCAAUAGCCUUUUAAAAUGUAGCUCUUUUGGGGGGGAGUAUUAUUAGAUUAUUGCUUUUAUUUUUAUUUUAUAUACUGUGAUCUUUUUAUGUGAACCGCCCUGAGACUUCUGGGUAUAGGGCGGUAUAUAAAUACAAUAAAUAGUAAAAUAAUAAAGAUAAUAAAGAUACAAAA